GCCACCUGUGUCUUGUUGCAGGUUCAGUAGAUGAAGAUAGAUUUCAUUAUUUCCUACUCUUGUGGCCGUAAAUAACAUAACAACAAGCUAAGAGUGAUGUAAGAAAAAUCAAAGAGUAAGCGACAUAUAUGAUGACAUCCAGUUCUUUAAGUUUAGCCAUCAGUUACGUUCUUACGGCCAUCUUGGCCAGCCUUUUAACAACCUUGUUUAUUGAUUCAACUUUCCGUGAGGGUAUUCUUGGUGGACGAACUCGUUUAAGAAGAGAGAGUUUACCUGUGAAGGUCGAAAAGGUGAUUUUGAAUAAAGCUGUGAAACUUGGAGCUUGCUGUCUGAACGGCUCCCCGCCGGCGUAUCACUUCAGAAAAGGUUUUGGAAGUGGUGUUAAACGAUGGGUAGUUUUUUUCUGCGGUGGUGCAUGGUGUUAUGACGAGGAGGCGUGUUAUCAACGCAGUCAUGGGCCCUACGGCUCAAGUUAUAAUAUUGAAUUCUCUGAUGGUGGUAUGUACUCAACUGAUCCACAAAUCAACCCCGAUUUCUAUAACUGGAAUGCAGUGUUUGUUGCAUACUGCGAUGGAUCAUCUUUCACUGGGAAACGAGAAAACCCAUUAUAUUUCAUGGAUAAACCUGUUUAUUUUCGUGGCAAAGUGGUACUUGAUGCGAUCAUACAAGACUUACUUGACAGGGGGAUCGAUACUGCGAGCGAUGUACUGCUGACCGGCAGCUCCGCGGGCAGUCUUGCGGUUCUUAUUCAUGCUGAUUAUAUCAAGAAGAGGUUGAAUCCACACACUAAAGUCCGCGCUAUUGCAGACAGCGGUUAUUUCACCGAUAUACAAACACUGGCCGGUGUUAACAGGGUUCGGAAACAAUUCAAACGAAUGCUAAUCACACAUAAUUCAACAUCUGGCCUUCACAAAAAAUGCGUGCAGCAAAUGGCUGAAUCAGAGCAUUGGAAAUGUUUGUUUCCAGAGUAUUUCUUUCAUCUUAUUGAAACGCCGUUCUUUAUUCUCCAGUCUGCCUACGAUGUAUGGCAAAUUCCGAACAACCUUAAUAUUCUCUGCAACAUACCAAGUUAUCAAGAUAUGCUUUUGUACAAAUCUUUGGGAAGACUUCUAGACUCCCCACCAGACACUCCGCGCAGGAGUAGUCACUCAUCUCGGAAGAAAAGCCACACUACGACAGUGAAUAGUCGCGCACAUAAAUCAAACACCAUUCCAGGCAAAAAGACGUACUCUCUUACCAAGGUACCAGCAUUAACUUAUGAUUUCCUCCCACGCGUCAAUAAUCGCGCAAAAACUCUUGCAUUUGGAAGAAACGAUUUGACAACUUCUCCAAACGCACCUGUCUGGCGCAGUCCAAAAUGGAAGAAAAAUUCAUUCACGCCGCAAGUUUCGUAUUGGAAGAAUCCAAGGCCUUUGUAUAAUUCACAUCAAAGAGAUCCUGGAAACAGUUUUCUUAAUGCGCGGCCUUUCUAUACUCCAGUUACCUCUCAAGACCUCCGUCAACAGAGUCUUACUGACAUGCAGAAAGUUCCGUUCCAUAACCCACAACCGGCUCUAUCGACUUUAGAUUUAUCUAGAGUUGAUCGCACACGUUCGUACGGCCCCGUAAAUGACGGGCGAUUUAGGUUGAAAAGAGGCGCAAAAGGUGCGCAACGCGCUUCAACAAGUUUGCGCAAAUCUGCGAAAUAUUUACAAAAGAAGGAGCUAAAGAAGUCGCGUCACAAUCCUCCUGAAACUCGCGUCAAAGCAAAUUAUUAUCAAUGGCAUUGGCAAGGUCUUUACAGUAAGCCCACAGCUUGCACUAGAGAUGAAAUAAAAGCCAUCCUAGGCUUGCGAAAGUUGACAUUGAAAGCACUGAAGCCUGUCUUGAAAAAAGCCAGCAGCGGCGUCUUUCUGUCCUCGUGUUUUGAACAUACCCAAGCAUCUUUCACAAAUAUUUGGAAGACAAAUAAAAUCAAGGGAAAAUCUGUCCGAGACGCUAUUUCUGAGUGGUAUUUUGAGAAGCCUGGUAAACAUGUACAUAUCGGCGAGGAAUUCGAAUUCAAGUCUUGUACGAUGUGAGCAUGCGUAUAUGUAAGCUUUUAAUGUUCAAAGUUGACUGUUUGUUCAUUUUGUAAGGUUGAAAACCAAAAACAAUGGAAUCUGUAAUUUACAAAUUUUGAAGGAACUGUUUUGUAGAAUAUUCAAAAUUCGUUACAUUUUUAAUCUUCAAAUUAAAUGUAUC